CUGCAAGCUGUUCGAUUUCAACAUCCGAACGAACACCUUUCCCAUUCACUUUCGACCUUUUGCGUUGACUGAAGCAGUCUCAGCUUUUCGUGUAUUUAGCUUUGUACACUUUGGCAAGGGUAGCCUAUCUGACAAGCGUACUGUGGCCGCAGCUUUACCCCCAAUAUGGCGAAAAGGACCGCAGAGAAUCAAAAAACGAAAGAUGACCAGGAGUCGGACGGAGAGGAUGUCGGAGAGCCAGGAGUAAGAGAUAUACCGCUAGCACCUGUGGAGGGUAGAAAAAUCAGAGGUCUUCCAAAACGAGGUGGUCAAUCAGCAGUUCCCGCGCCAGUUCAUGCCUUGACUCCCAGCGGUAUCAACAUGCUCGGGUCCAAGCCCGAAGGUCAAUAUGAAUUUCCAUACACCGCAUCGGCUGCACCUUCGUCUACAGGCUCAUCUUCCACGUCUGCUCCCGCACCUUUUUCAUUUGGGUCCAGCACACAGUCAAACGCUUUUGGCCCUUCUUCUGCCUCUACUAGCUCAAGCUUUGGGAGCAAACCAACUUCGUCGUCUCCAUUCUCUGGUUUCUCCUUUGGACAGCCUGCGAAACCAGCUGGAGCCACCACAUCCCCAUUCACGUUUGGUGCGUCGAAGCCUGAAUCUACAGCCUCAGCUGCACCGCCGUCCAGCACUACAACCUCCAACACUGAGUUAGCGCCUUCAAGUACUCCGGCUCCUGCCCCGCCGAAACCAUUCGCUGGCUUCUCAUUCGGAGCUUCUACCGCGACACCGCCGCAGCCCAUGGCAAGCGCGUCGACUCCCGCUCCGCCAUUUGGAGCUACCGCGUCUACGACACUUGCCGCCCCCAAACCGGUCGAGACGCCAAAAUCAAGUGCUCCUGUCGCUUCUCUCCCCACACCACCGCCAGAGGAAGAAGUUUCCUAUUUCACUUCAAUUCGUGGUCUGAACGUAGCAAUCCUGUCGUUCUUGACGUCGACCCUUGAGUCUGACCCUUUUGUGGACUUGUCAAAUGUCUUCCCAUCACUAGGUGAACAAUACAAAAAGCAUCUGGACACAACCGUUGGCUCCGGUUGGAGGCCGCCGAUCAGUUCAAAGCCACCAGCAGCGAAACAGGGCGACGGGUCGGCUGCUGCCACUGCCAAUGGAUCCUCUGCACCGUCUGCUCCGAGCAUGCCCACCGUGGGCACAUUCUCUCUGCCGAAGCCUGCGACUUCUGCUCCCGCUCCAGCCCCAGGCGGUUUCACCUUUACACCUUCCGCCUCGUCUUCGUCAUCUGCCAACUCACCCUUCAAAUUUCCGGCUUUUGUUCCUCCCCCGAGCGUCUCGACUCCUGCUGAAACCCCAAAGAAACAGACUUCUUCAGAGGCGUCAAAGAUAGUGCAGAAUGUCAUCGACUCAACGGCGGAGGAGAAAGAGAAUGACACUCCGGCACCGAAGCCGUUCACAUUCGGAGCGCCAUCUCAUAGUACCACCCAAGAUGGUGCUUCGAAGUCAACACCCCUAUUCUCUUUUGCACCGUCGGGACCACUGCAUCCUCCGACUCCUGGAGCCGAGUCUUUCACCCCGUCAAAGAAUAUCGAGAGUGCAUCUACAGGCGCUUCUCCAGCCAAGCUUGGUAAAUUCGGUCCAGGGGGAUCAAAACCACAGCUAUCUUUCGGUGGGGCUUCGGCGGGUCCUUCAACGCCGGGCAAACCAGUAGGAUUCCAGUUCGGAGGCAAUUCCACUCCUUCUGCUGGCUUCAGUAUUGGAUCCUCUAAUGGUUCAGCUGCGCCGUCAUCAAGUGCGCCGUCAUUCUCUUUCGGCGGCAAGCCUGCAACCUCGUCCGGAUCAGCUUUCAGUUUUGGUAGCGGCGCUUCUACGGCACCCGCCACCAACGGAUCCUCGUCUGCGUCAUUCUCUUUCGGCGCCAGCAAGCCGGCCUUCUCGUUUGGAACUGCGGCUCCGACUGAUGCAUCGAAGCCGGCUUUCAGUUUCGGAGCGCCAUCCUCCAGUUCAGCCUCCAAGGAAUCCGGGGAAGGUGCAGCGGAUUCCAUUGAGCCUGGCUCAGAGACUCAAGCGGGAGAGGUUGCGGAGGGUUCGACAACGAAUCUCGCCAAUGCUGUCGGUGCGGGAGAAGAGGAUGAAGAGACAGUGUAUGAGAAGCGGACAAAGCUGCAUCAACUUGUGGAUGGCAAGUAUGAAGUUCGCGGGCUCGGUGUCAUACGUCUGAAAAGGGCAAAGCAAGUGGUGGACGGAGGAAAGAUCAAGAGAAGAUUGUUGAUGCGAUCCGAUGGCGGAGGAGCGAUUGUGCUGAACAUGACUGUCAGUGACAAGUUUGACCCGAGUGCGGAGGGUAAAAUGAUCAAGUUUGUCGGGUUUGACUUACAAGGCAAGCCUACCAUGUACGCGCUGCAAGUCAAGACGCAGGAAUCGGCAGAGGAGUUUGUAGAUGAGAUGAAGAAAGAGGUGGAGGCGAUCAAGCGGGAGUAGGAAAAGGUCUUCGUGACACCACCGCCAGCAUCAGCACGCCAACUAAUCUGCCGAGGAAUCAUCAUAU